UCAAGAUGCCUCAUUUAUUUAAUUCUACAGCAUCCCUUUUGAGAAUUCAGAAUCACUAUCUCAUUUUCAUUCAUCUUCUCCUCUAGAUUGACAACACAAGAUUCAAAAUCAUGGCUGCUUAUGCAGCUCUGGUUUCUGUUACGAAUAUCAUGGAUACCCUUCAUCUUCAUCCUCGCCCUCCCAUCUCUCUCCACCCUAAACAGGCUGAGUCUCUCACUGAAAAGAUCACUUUCCUCCAAAAAUUUCUCACUAUUUAUAAUCCCCAUCUUGACUACAGCAGAGAAGCCGAUCCAUUGGAGAGUCGCAUUGCAGAUGCAGCUUAUGCAGCUGAAGACAUGAUCGAAUCCCAUAUCGUGGAUCAGAUCACGAGCGAUGCAGGAAAGAUCAGCCCCGACUCCUUGUACGAAGCUCUAGAGAAGGUGAUUGGAGAUAUGGAUCUGAUAAUGAAAGAAGCAAAGGAAAUCCAACAGACUUUGGGUGUGCACACCACCAAGUCAACACCUUCAGAUUCUUCAAAGUCUUCACACAUAGCCAAGGAGAAUAUUAUGGUGGGUGUUGAUGAUCUCUUACUUGAAAUGAAGGAUAAGCUCACUUCUGAUCGUCGUGAUCUACAGAUCAUUCCCAUUGUAGGAAUGGGCGGGUCUGGUAAGACCACUCUUGCUCUGAACAUUUAUCAAGACCGUCUUACUAAGGAGCAUUUUCAUGUUUGUGCUUGGGCUACCAUAUCCCAAGAGUAUAACAUUCAAGAAAUGCUCAAACACAUUCUUCAUCAGUUAAAUAAGGAUGUUGGUCAAAAUUUGGGUGUUGAUGGUUUGGGAGAAAUAUUGUAUAAGCACUUUUUUGGUAGAAGAUACUUGAUUGUACUUGAUGAUAUGUGGAGUAUCGAGGCGUGGGAUGGGAUUAGGAGGUUUUUACCGGAUAACAAAAAUGGUAGUAGAAUAGUGGUGACGACUAGGCUAUCAAACUUGGGUUCUGCUUUAUCGAGUUCUAAAAACCUUGAGAUGAGUCUUUUGAAUGAGGUUGAUAGUUGGGAGCUUCUGUCCAAAACUGUGUUCGGGGAGAAAAGCUGCCCUCCAGAGGUGGUGGAAAUUGGGAAGAGAAUAGGAAAAAGUUGCAGAGGACUUCCAUUAUCAAUUGUUGUGAUUGGAGGGCUUUUGGCCAAAUCCAAUAUUACAAAAGAGUUUUGGAAGUCCAUAGAGGAAAACUUGAGCUCAAUAGUGAAUUCGGAGGAUGAUGAAUGGUGUUUUAGAAUAUUACACAUGAGCUAUAAGCAAUUGCCGGUAUAUUUGAAACCGUGCUUUCUCUAUAUGGGAGUUUUUCGUGAAGAUGAGGUGAUCCGCAGAUCAAUGCUCGUUAAACUUUGGGCUGCUGAAGGAUUUCUAAAACCGAGAAGUGGGAAAAGCUUGGAAGAGAUAGGCAAAGUGUGUUUGAAGGAGCUUGUUGAUAGAAAUCUUGUUUUAAUUGAUGAGAUUGGGAUUAGUGGGGAGAUAAAAUGUUGCAAGAUUCAUGAUUUGUUGAGGGAUUUGUGUUUGAGAGAAGCGGAAAAGCAAAGGUUUUAUCGUUUUGUAAGAGAUGAUCCCGUAGCCAAAUAUAGCGAGCGCCGGGUUGUUUUUCCAAGGUUGUUGACAAGUGAAGUGUUGGAAUCUUUGUCGCAUGCUCGUUCCGUAGUAUGUCAUUAUAACGACUACGGAGAGGUUCAGCUGCCUCAUAAUCUUAGAUUGUUGAGGACAUUCAAGGCACAUGAUAAAAAUAUUAUGUGUGGUCAUUUCCUUGAUAAUGUGUUUGAAUUGGUGAACUCGCGGUACCUUGAUGUUACUGUUCACUGGGAGUCCGGAUUCCCCGCUUCGGUUAACCUGCUUUGGAAUCUGCAGACGUUGGUAAUUCACUGUUGGCAGAAUCUUGUUGCACCGGUUGAAAUUUGGGAAUUGCAUCAGCUUCGGCAUCUAGUUUUUGAGUUAGGCGAGGUGAUUCUCCCGGAUCCUCCUCGUGGCGACAAUGACAUUGUUAUCAUGGAGAAUUUGCAUACACUCAAAGUAGUGAAUAAUUUGUUUUUUAAUGAGGAGACGGUUAAAAGAAUUCCCAACGUGAAGAAAUUGUGCCUAAAGUACGACGAGGAACAAAUGGAGGGAGAAAAUUGUCUCGGCUAUCUUCAGUGUUUGAGUAAACUGGAAAACUUCCGCUGCAUCACCGAAUAUGAUUGUGUCGAGUGUUGGAAAUGGAUUAGGUUCCCGCACUCCCUCAAGAAGUUGUAUGUUGAUGUCUCUUCCAGUCUCGAGUUGGAAGACAUAUUGCCAAAGAUUGGUUCAUUGCCCCUUCUUGAGAAGUUUGUAUUAACAAAUGGUUUCUUCAGGACAGGCAAGUGGGAAACAUUUGAAGGCCAAUUUCAAAGCCUCAAGUUUCUACAAUUGGAGUCUUGUGAUGGUUUAGAAGAUUGGAUUGUGUCGGACAACUCCCACUUUCCGGUUCUCCAGAAGCUUCGUCUUCUUUAUAUUAGCCAACUGAAUGAGAUCCCAUCGGAAAUUGGAGAAAUAUCGACAGUUAGAUCGAUUGAAUUGGAAUAUUGUAGUGAAUCAGCAGUGGUGUCAGCUAAAAAGAUAGUAGAGGAACAAGAGGAUUUAUACGGAGAUCAACUAGACCUUCAUGUUCUAGCCAGAGUUUCUAGGAGUGAAGAAGCAUUGGCAAGCUUAGCAAGUGUCAACUUUGAAGUUAAAGUGUACGGUAUAUAUUAGACAUGUCUAUCAUGUAGCAUCGAAGAGUAGUGUUGGGCUUUUGAUUAUAAAUUUGUAAUAAAGUUUGACCUUUUGUUGCUUCAGUAUACUACAAACUUUUUGUAUUGUUACUCUCGUUGUAUAAUUGUAUUGUAAGUGAAAUGUUACUGCAAUC